UUUCGGCUCCAAUUGCGUCCCUCCUAGGCAAGGCAAGAGCUACCCGUUCGAAGGCACGUGCAGGUGCCUUCAAUCAAUCCUGCUGGUCCAAGUCUCAUGCGGACUUGGGGAGAUGGGCUACUCGUCGUGAGAAAACCCAACAGGGUUAGGGUUAUGCGAAAGCAAUCUGCGGUGUUGCCAGAGCAACAUUCCGACAUGCAACAGGCCAACAGCACGUUGCAUAACCCGAAAGUUGAACGCGACACACGACAGACCAGAUCGACAGCCAAGUUACGCAUCUCAACAAACUUAGUAGCCUCGCGAUUCAAAGGACUGCAAGUAAACAUGGACGCUCCAACCAUCAGAGAACUGCGUACUCUGGAACGCCGCGAGUUCCAGCUCCGCCUUGCCGAACGACUCGAGCAAAUGCUUGACGCUGUCCUCUCCGGCAGUCGCGCCGAGCCUCGGAUUUUCGACCACGAAUUGGAGUCUCUCUCAAUCCGCAAGGCUUCAUCCCUCGAUGUUGACGAGGAGCAGCCGCUUGACCUAGAGCCUGUAUUUUUUCGGCCUCUUCCCCUUCCCCCGGGCACCGAUAUCCGAACGCUUGUCAAGAAUACCCAGCCAGAACACCUGCGCCCCUACUGGGUCAAUUGCGAGAAGUUCGAUCGCAAACGCUGGUGUGGCGACACCUCUUGUGCAUUUUUUCAAAUGCAAUGGAUCGGUAGAGCCGUGGGAUGCAGUUGGCGGGGGCUUCUGUCAGAAACAUGUUGGACAGAGGGUCAAAGAUGCAGGGAUAGCGAAUGCCCGCAUCAUCACGACGCGCUUUCGAAUGGCAAGUUUGUAACAUGGAACACACAUUAUGUAAAGGAUAGCCUCAAGCCGCACGUGAUGGUUGCUGUCAAGUACCCAUACCCCAUCCCGGGUGGGCUUGGAUCCGUACUCCGCGCAGAGGUCGCAAGCGCCAUGUACUUGAUGCUGCGCCAGCUCCAGCACGGAGAAUCCGUGGAUCACCGCACCAUCCCGGUUUUGGUGCGCACUUACUAUCACGACCGAGGUGCGCGUAUCACACAAGCACAUUGGGACGACGACCACCUAGUAAUCCGACAAUCGCGCGUAUUGGACUUCCACGCGUCCGAGCCUACGGACGACGCGUAUCUCUUGGUGCGCUGGAUUACCGGUACGCCUAUGGGUGAGACACGGUAUCCGGAUUCCGCAUGCGAGGACGAGGAUGACGGCAGGCGCUAUUCCCAGGUCGAGCCGCACCCAAUGGCGUUGACUGUGACGGCGUGAUGGUAUGGUUACCUAGUAAAUAUGGUAUUCGCCGGCGGAUAUUACAAGUAUCGUGCUCACGUGGAGGACUUUCGUUUUACUUCUAAUUGGAAUGAAGGGAUGGGCUACCAAAUGAACGCAUGCUGUGACCAGAUGGGAAUGAGCACUAUGAGCACACUGCUGUUUGGGAAGUCACACCUGCCAGGUCGUGGAGCGUCCUCCCAUUUUCUUGACAUUAUUUUUCCUCAACCCAACUCGGUCAAUUUGGCAUUCUGCUUCGUUCAACCAGGGCCCAGAGGCGUUCAAUUAAUCAUCACUUCCACUGUU